AAUCAAUUUUUUGCUUGAUUACUUGAUUUAAAGCAUCUGAUUCACAAUUCAAAUAAAAUAUUUUUUUAUUAAUUCUAUUUAUAAACCUGAAUUCAUAUACCAAAACACACUCUGUUGCACCAUUGAUUCAAUCUCAAAUUCCUCACCUAAAUAUAUCGCCCUCUUUCCAAAUUCAAAAAAGAAUAAAAAAUAAAUAAAUAACCCCACAUAAUAGUUCUCAUAAAUAAGACCCCACAAAAAAAAAAACAUUUCUUCUCAGCUCAAAAUUCAUAACAACCACUCACCCAAAACCUCACUUCUCUAAUAACACACUCAACCAAAAAAUGAGUAUACGUACUAGUACAUAAUAAAAACCAGAAUAUUCCUCCAUUUCAAUUUCAAUUUCAAUUUCCAAUUCCCAACCCAAAAGAAAAACCCCUUUUUCUUCCGAAACCAGCAUUCCCAACGCACAAUAAUGGGAAUGCUUUUGUUACAACAAGAUUGGUUAGUUUUUCCAUUUUUCUUCUUCUUCCUCUCCAUUUACCUAAUCGGUUACUUCAUCAUCUUCCGUAACAGAAACCCUAAAAUCCGAACCGAAUUCUCCAGCUGUUUAAUCUCACUCUUCCACGGCACUCCCGCCGCGAUCCUCGGCGCAAUCGCACUCUUCUCCGACGCCAACCGCGGCUUCGCAGCCUCCAACACACCGUUCCAGAAAACCGUUCUCGAUUACAGCAUCGCUUACUUCGUAACCGAUCUGUUACACUACGUCGUUUUCAUCCCAGGCGACGUUCUCUUCAUCGCUCACCAUUUAGCCACGCUUUUCGUCAUCGUCACGUGCCGUUAUGUUGUCUCUCACGGCGCUUUCUCCGUCGUCGUUUUGCUUGUGCUCGCUGAAGUGACCAGCGCGUGUCAGAAUACGUGGACGCUCGCCGGUGCUUGUAGAUUGGAGAACCGCUUCGCCGCUAGGGUUUACGAUGCUUUGUCUCCGCCGUUUUAUGUGGUGUAUACUGUUGUGAGGGGGUUUGUGGGCCCUUACUUUGUUUUUAGAAUGGUGCAGUUUUAUGCCAGUGGCCUUGCUUCUGGCCUUGUUCCUACCUGGGUUUGGGUUUCUUGGGCUGUGGUUGUGUUUUCGGCUAUUGGUGUUAGUAUUUUGUGGGUGUACUCUCGUUGGGUUGAACUCAUUGGGGAAAGAACUGCUACCAAAUUAGAGCAAAAAGAAUACCUUGAUGUUGCAAAAACAUAUGGUCUUCAUCCUGUAUCUCUUGCUAUAGCUUUUGUUUUGCGACACCCUCUUGUUGCUAGUGUUGUUUUUGGGGCUACCAAAUCAUGGCAGCUCCAGGAGGUUUUAAAUGCAUGCAAGAUCAAGCUCACAUCUGAAGUCAUUGAAGAAAUUAACAAGAUUCAUUCAAGGUUUCCAAAUCCAUGUCCCUGAACUGAAGAUUGCAGAUAAUUACUCUAAAAAGUGUACAUGGGGGGAUAAAAAGACUAACUCACAUAUACACUGUAAAAGUUCUCUAGAGAUUUUCCAAAUCCAUGUCCCAUGUUAAAGUAGCUUUCAAUUCAACAAAAUUAUUUUCUAUUUUUGAGCUAGAUAGAUGCCAAAUGCCAAACUGCUUAAAGCCUGCUAAUGAGACUCACGCUUGAUCAAGAAGCAUGAGGGAUUUGUAUCUCUUAAACUUGUUUUUUCUUCUUCUAAAGAGUCUUGCUGUGAAACUCACUAACAUUAAAUGUUGAGAACUGAGGAAUUGCAUAUUCUAAUCCGGGUUACAUAUCAA